AUGUCAGAGACACCGUCGACGCCGGAAUGGGACAUCAAUGACGCAGUCGUACCCAGGGUUACAAGCUUCGACACCUUCGGCGAGUGGUGCGACGGCCAUGUGCGGCGCGUGUAUCCGCCAGGAUGUGAAGAAGCCAGAAGGCACGCAUCAGGGUGGGCCAUGAGGAAUACCAACAACCACAACGUGCAUAUACUAAAAAAGAGCUGCCUCGGAGUCUUAGUAUGCUCAGUCAGAUGUCGAUUGCCUGAUGGAUCACGGGUGCAUUUACGACCAGCCAUUUGCGACAAGGCGCGAAAAAAACAGCAAGGCAAACCGUGUCCGAACCGACUGUGCAAUGGCGGUCGUCUUGAAGUUCAACCAUGCCGUGGACACUGCGGCUACCCAGUCACGCAUUUUUGGCGCCACACCGAGCAUGCAAUAUUCUUCCAAGCGAAAGGCGCGCACGACCAUCCGAGACCCGAAGCAAAAGGAGCAAGCGAAGUCAGAAGAUCGAUAGGUGCUGGAAGACGAGUGCGAGGUCUCGCGUUACUACUAGCACGAGAAGCAGCGAUAGCUGACAAAAUACUUACCGGAAAACAAGAAAAGCAAAUGCCACAAAAAUUAAGCAGCAGUCACCUGCAACCACCACCUCUCAUUCCAGAUAAUCAAAGAGUUCUAACUUGUACGUGCGGACCAUUUGAAUGCAACUGCCGAUGGCGUAACGAAACACCUACUGAGGCCUACUCAACUACGACGUGGCAACCAGUGGAACACCAGACCUACGUAACAUACCCUCCAGCACCACCGGCACCAUCAUUGCCGCAACACCAAACUUACGAUACUUCAUUACCCGCAGAUGAUAUUUUCCAUCCAGAAGAGAUCUUCCAAUUAGACCAACCUAUCAGACUUGACUUUCCGAUAGAGGAGAACACGCUAGAAUCGCCACCAACCUUCGCCGAUCUUAACAAUGACAAUUCGAGACCUGAAGACGCCUAUUGGCUGGAUUGGCAAAGAGCUGCCGGUGGGUCGGAGUCAAGCGAAACUCCCUCGCCAGAACUCUUUGGUAAUGGAUAUCAGCACCCUGAAGUAUUCUGUGAUCAACAGCCAUAUCCACACCAACUAUAUUACCCGGAGGAGGCGCAAUAUUAUCCUAUUGAGGGUUCUAGAGAAUCGCCAAAUAUGGAUCUGCAGGAACGUUACUACAGAUAUGGUCAAGACUGUGUUCAGAAUAAUAUGGACAUGCAGUCGUGGAACUACUCCGAUUGUGCGUUCGCAUCGCAUUUUGAUGCCCAACACUCGCAAGUAGUGAACACGUUCGGAGGUCUAUUAUAA